CAGGUAGGGUUUUCGGUGGAAGCCGUCGCCUGUCGGCAUGAGUUUUCUGCUGCCCAAACUGACCUGUAAGAGGGAAGUGGAUCAGGCAAUAAAAAGCGUGGCUGAGAAGGUUCUGGUUCUCCGGUUUGGAAGAGAUAACGAUGCCGUCUGUCUGCAGCUCGAUGACAUUCUUGCAAAGACAGCUCAUGACCUAAGUAAAAUGGCAGUGAUUUACCUGGUGGAUGUGAACAAGGUUCCAGUGUACACCCAGUAUUUUGACAUCAGUUAUAUUCCAUCUACUGUAUUUUUCUUCAAUGGACAACACAUGAAGGUUGAUUAUGGGUCUCCAGAUCAUACCAAAUUUGUAGGAAGCUUCAAAACAAAGCAAGACUUUAUAGAUCUGAUUGAAGUGAUUUACCGUGGUGCAAUGCGUGGAAAGCUGAUUGUGAGAAGUCCCAUUGAUCCCAAUAACAUUCCUAAAUAUGACCUUCUCUACCAAGGAAUUUAAUGGCUUAACCUGAGAUAAAGAAUUAUGGAAUAGUUGAUGUUCCAGAAACCAUUUUUUCUUCAAGCCUGCUUAGCCACUUCUGAUACCAUGGGACAGUUUAAGCAUUUAUUUACGUUGAAGGAUCAUAUUGGUCUCAUUCUGAAGAUGGACAUUCUGUCACCUCAUACUUCUGUGAAUAAAGCUACAUGUUCAUGCUUA